CCUCGAGUAUUUGUUUGCAAUAUCUAGCACACAAAAUGCAUGAGCAGUAAUACAUCGAAGCACCAUCAGAACACAUUACCUAAUUCUACAGAUAUAUUUAUGUUGCUAGAUGCAAAAUAAACUCUGAAUGCUUAAACAUAUGUAUCAUGGUCUCCAAUAUUUAUUCAAUGGAGUACAAAUUUUCUUGAUUUUGCCACAAGUGCUCGAUCAGGUCCGCUUGAAGCUGAAUGUGUGUUUCCUUGCUCUUGAUAUUUUUGUAAUUCUGAAUGAAAGCAUCAAGUUCAGGUGCAGCAUCAUGGGAAACUGUCACCCUUUCUCCCAUAUCUUCGUAGUUGCAUACAUAUUGGCCCUUGAAGUGAAAUGAUAAAACAGAUAAUACAGUCAUCCAAGGGAAACCUGACCAACCAAACUGAAGAUAAUAUAGUCAUCCAAGGGAAACCUGACCAACCAAACUGAUUUGCAUGUAAAAAGACUAUAUAUAGAACAAACAUUAAGCUCUGAGAAUCAGACAUUUCACCCUCAAUACUAUUUGUGCAAAGCAAAGCCCAAUACAGUCUUUGCAUCUAAGAAUCAGAUCCUUAGCUAAAGUUCACUGUGCAAUUUCCCCUCAGUAAUACGUGACUGCAAUAAGAUCAGUUUCUCUGCUUGCAUAUUGCCUGAAUGCUUUGUCCAAUAUUAACUGUGUGAAAUGCAUGAUUCUUGAUGUUAAAUGCCAGCAUUAGUUCCGUUUUUCGACCUGCAAUGAACUAGCUGCAUGUAGUGUAUGUUUAAGGUUAGUUCCAUACAAUAUACCAAAAUCGGUGAAACACCUGCUUCACCCCAUUUUAUAUUUAGUUUGAUGGCACCACUUCGCCUUGGUGGAAGUAAGAGGACAUAUGCGGAGUAUGCAGAGCCAAAUCCAGCAACGGAUUGCUUAAAGUUGUUCGAUGAUGUUGACGAUUCUCGAGGUCUACCUCAGACUUGGACUAUAAUUGUAAGGAUAGAUGUUAAAUUCCCUAUGGAGCCUAGGUAUCAUGAUAAGCAACACUUCAUCCUUGUCGACACCACUGGUUCCAAAAUUGAAGCAAUUUCAUAUGGCAAUAACGUCCAUCGAUUUGACACACUACUUCAGCAAGGAUGCAAGUACAUUUUGAAAGAUGUAGUUUUUGGGCCAAACUGGGGGGGCCUUGAAUUCAGAAAUAUUGGGCAUCGGUUUGAGGUGACAUUGACCAGAAAAACUCGUGUUGAGCCAUACACCUUACCACUUCAGUUCCCUCCCUGCCCAAAGCAUCUUAUGCCAUUUCAUGAAGUGAUCCGACAACCCAACAAGACAUUUGUAGAUGUUAUGGGAAUAGUUGUCCAUAUGGAGCCAUUGGAGCAUGUGGGCAAUAGGCUAUAUAGAGAGGUUGUGUUAAUGGAUGCAAGGUGGCACCUUAUUAUUGUUGGGAUUUGGAGUGACCUCUUCUGCCGGAAUUUUCAACGAUGGUACAAAGCUAGAGAUGAAAAGGAAAUUAUAAUUGCCACUAUGCUGCGACGAAACUCUACACACAGAUGCUUGGAGAGCUCAGACCACACAUCACUGGACUUCAACCCAAGACAUCACACAUGGCAUCAACUAGCAACUGUUCGGCGAAUAAUGAUGGAAAGGCAGAAUCUUCGCUUCAUUAACAGAUAUCUUGAAGCAAGAUGGGCAUACUUGGCGACCGUGUUACCACACUGA